CCCCCGGGCCGGCGCGCCUGGGCUGGGCUGGGCUGGGCUGGGCCGGGCGGCGCAGAGGCGCCCCGACGAGGCUGCGGCGAUGAAGGCGGCUGCGGCGCUGGUGCUGGCCGCGCUGCUGGGCGCGCAGGGAGCUUUUUCGCUGGUCUGCUGGUGGUGUGAUGGUGCAGAGUCUAACUGGGGGUGCUGGAGAUGGCAGUGGUGUUCAGACUCUGACAACUACUGUGCGACAACGUAUGUCGGCGGAGGAUUCGGUGGUUAUUCCAGCCAGUCGAUCAGCAAAGGUUGCAUUCCUGUUUGCCCCCAGGGGGGAGUGGACAUCGGCAUAGCGGCUGCCUCCGUGAAGUGCUGCUCGUCUUCCCUUUGCAACAUCAGCGGUGCCUCCAGUGUAAAGACCAACUACCUGAUCUUGGCAGUCGGGAUCCUGGCCAGUUUCGUUUACCUCCUUGGAGGCAGGCUGUGAUAAGAGGCGCUAGCCGAUCUGCUUGGUCUUCUCCAGAGAGAAGGCAAAGAUUGAGCAUGAAUGGCAUUUAAGUCUCUUGCCUCUGGCCCCACCAGCCAGUUGUGUAUCUGCUUCCAGACAUCAGCCUUCUGUGUUUUGUAUCACACUUUAGGAGAGGGAUACUUUUUUGGUUAAUUUUGGGAAACUAUAGCGUGAGUGAACCACACUGCCCUCUUGAGGCUGCUGUCAAUAAUAACUGUGCUUCUUUACCAUUCUUCUAGACAGAUUAGUGCCCAGCUCAAAGCGGUGAACAAAGUCAGUGUUGUUAUUAUCCCCGCAAUAUAGCAAGGGAGCUGGGGUGAGAGGAGGGGCUUACCCAGGGCUACCUGCUGAGCUCAUGGCAGUCGUGGGAUUCAAACUGGCAGAGUGCCGAUUUACAGCCCAGCCAGCCCCUUCACCACUAUGCUACAGCACCUCAUAUUCUUUUUCAUCCAGGUAAGGAUAGUUUGCUAAAAUGAGGCCCAGACUCCCAGAAACACACGAUGUGAAAGCAUUCCUAAACCUUUUAGAGGGCUUAAAAACACACACACAAACACACACACACACACAUUCCAGGAGCCUUAAACUGUCUUGCAUGAUGUCACUACCAGGUCAUGGAGAAAAGAUCUUUAGUAGGAUCUCUUUUUGUAAGCCAUUGAUUUGAUCCUUUUUUUUUUGCCUGUUACAUUUUACCUGAAUGUGGGAGACACGAACGUUGUACCGUGCUUUUUCAACUUGAAUAAAGUUGUUCUUACCCUA